AUGAACGGUUUGUUGUCACAGCUUUCAUCAUUUACAGCCACCAUACUCGGAAGAACCACUCGAUUCGUCUCAAAGAACAGAACUCCUUCAAAUUUCUCGUUCCCGAUAAAAUUACUCCAUUCUUGUGUUAGGUCCGAAUUCACGUUGACAGGGUCUCGCUGCUAUUCCACUAGAAAAUCACGCAAAAGUGGUUCUUCUCAGUUGCAGAAAGUAGAGGCGGAAACGACGAUGGAUCAGGAAAAGGAUGCUUUUUAUGUUGUCCGGAAAGGGGAUGUUGUUGGAAUUUAUAGUAGUCUCAGUGAUUCUCAAGCUCAAGUUGGAUCUUCGGUAUGUGAUCCUCCUGUUAGUGUAUUUAAGGGAUAUUCGUUGUCGAACGAAACAGAGGAAUAUCUUAUCUCGCAUGGACUAAAGAAUGCUUUAUACACAAUUAGAGCCUCUGAUUUGAAAGAGGAUUUGUUUGGAUCACUUGUUCCAUGUCCUUUUCAGGAUCCUUCUUCUACCAAAGGGACCACAUCAAAUGCAGAUACAUCUAAAAAGAGAGCUAUAGGAGUGCUCGGACAAGAUAAUUUGGAUCCUUCUUCUACCAAAGGGACCACAUCAAAUGCAGAUACAUCUAAAAAGAGAGCUAUAGGAGUGCUUGGACACGAUAAUUUGGAUCCUUCUUCUACCAAAGGGACCACAUCAAAUGCAGAUACAUCUAAAAAGAGAGCUAUAGAAGUGCUCGGACAAGAUAAUGUGAAAUCAACUGGUUUGACAUCCAUCUCUGAAGAUCCCUUCAGAAAGCAAGUCAAGUUAGAUCGUGCUGCCGUGAGCGAAGCAUCUUUACUUGCAACUAAGACUUGUAUUGUUGAGUUCGACGGUGCGUCAAAAGGAAAUCCUGGAAGAGCUGGUGCUGGGGCUAUUCUGCGGUCUAAAGAUGGGAACGUGAUUCAUAGGGUUCGUGAAGGCGUGGGUAUAGCAACAAACAAUUUUGCUGAAUAUCGUGCAGCGAUAUUGGGAAUGAAAUAUGCUCUUAAAAAAGGAUUCACUAAUAUCUGUAUACAAGGGGACUCUAAACUAGUGUGCUCGCAGAUUGAUGGGUCAUGGAAGGUCAAGAAUGAGAGCUUGUCUACAUUGUAUAAGGUGGCCAAAGAACUCAAGGAUAAAUUUGUGUCAUUUCAAAUCAGUCAUGUUCUAAGGGAAUUCAACUCCGAGGCUGAUGCUCAAGCAAAUUUGGCCGUCCAUCUUGCUGAUGGCCAAGUUCAGGAAGAGUAG